AUGGCCUCCGCGCUGAGCUAUGUCUCCAAGUUCAAGUCCUUCGUGAUAUUGUUCAUCACCCCGAUACUGCUGCUGCCACUCAUCAUUCUGAUGCCCGCCAAGUUUGUCAGGUGUGCAUACGUCAUCAUCCUCAUGGCCAUUUACUGGUGCACAGAAGUCAUCCCUCCAGCCGUCACUGCCCUCAUGCCCGCCUUGCUUUUCCCACUCUUCAAGAUUCUGGACUCCAAGGAGGUGUGUGUCCAGUACAUGAAGGACACCAACAUGCUGUUCCUGGGUGGCCUUAUCGUGGCAGUGGCUGUGGAGCGCUGGAACCUACACAAGAGGAUUGCACUGCGCACACUCCUCUGGGUGGGGGCCAAGCCCGCACGGCUGAUGCUGGGUUUCAUGGGCGUCACAGCCUUCCUGUCCAUGUGGAUCAGUAACACAGCCACCACAGCCAUGAUGUUGCCCAUCGUGGAGGCCGUGCUUCAGGAGAUGGAGGCCACAAGGAGAGUCGCUGAGCUGGAGUUGGUGGACAAGGGCAAGGCCGGUGAGUUGCCAGGGAACCAAGUGAUUUUCGAAGGGCCAGCCAUGCAGCAGCAGGAGGACAAGGACAGGAAGAGCAUGUGCAAGGCCAUGACACUAUGCGUGUGUUAUGCGGCCAGUAUCGGCGGCACUGCCACCCUGACUGGGACAGGACCCAACGUGGUGCUCCAGGGCCAGAUGCAUGAAUUGUUUCCUGACAGUAAAGACAUUGUGAACUUUGCCUCUUGGUUUGGAUUUGCCUUCCCCAAUAUGCUGAUAAUGCUGCUGCUUGCCUGGCUCUGGCUCCAGUGUUUUUUUAUGAGAUUCAAUUUUAAAAAAUCCUGGGGCUGUGGAAUAGAGAGGGAGAAUACCGAGAAGGCCGCCUAUGAGGUACUGCAGGAGGAAUACAGGAAGCUGGGGCCCUUCUCCUUCGCCGAGGCCAGUGUCCUUCUCUGCUUCCUGCUGCUGGUGGUCCUGUGGUUCUCCCGCGACCCUGGCUUCAUGCCUGGCUGGCUGGCCAUCGCUUGGGUGGAGGACAAGACCAAGUAUGCCUCUGAUGCCACCGUGGCCAUUUUCGUGGCUGUCUUACUCUUCAUUGCGCCUUCACAGAAGCCCAAGUUCAACUUCUGCAACCAGUCUGUGGAAGAAAGGAAAACCCCAUUUUAUCCGCCUGCACUGCUGAAUUGGAAGGUGGUCCAGGAGAAAGUGCCCUGGGGCAUUGUACUUCUGCUGGGGGGCGGAUUUGCUGUGGCCAAAGGAUGCGAGGCCUCCGGGCUGUCCGAGUGGAUGGGGAAGCAGAUGGAACCCUUGCACACAGUACCCCCAGCAGCCAUCACCUUGAUCUUAUCCUCGCUCAUUGCCAUGUUUACUGAGUGCACAAGCAAUGUGGCCACCACCACCUUGUUCCUGCCCAUCUUUGCCUCCAUGUCACGCUCCAUUGGCCUCAAUCCACUGUACGUCAUGCUCCCCUGUACUCUGAGUGCGUCCUUUGCCUUCAUGUUGCCUGUGGCCACCCCACCUAAUGCCAUCGCAUUUGCCUACGGACACCUCAAGGUUUCUGACAUGGUGAAAACAGGAGUAAUGAUGAACAUCAUUGGAGUCUUCUGCGUGUUUUUGGCAGUCAACACCUGGGGGCGGGUCAUAUUUGACUUGGAUCAUUUCCCUGACUGGGCUAAUGUGACACAUAUUGAGACUUAGAAAGAGCCACAAGACCCACGGAUCCAACCUCCACCCUCCUGAGGACUCCUGAACCUUCCAGCACACCUUGCAGCAGAGCUUUGCUGUUUACAGCCCACUGUG